CUGAGCGUCGGUCGGCUCCGAGCAGCCGUCCCCGUAGAAAGGACGCCCGAGUGCCAACAAGUGGUUUGGCACUGCUGCCUUCCAGCCCCGGUUGCUUUCUCAUUUCUUCCCCUUCCCUUUUUGUUCCGCACCCCCUUGUAACCUGCUUCUGCCAGAUCAUUUUCACAUUCUGUUCUCUAGGAAGUGAAAACCAGAGGCAUGGCUUUCACACCUACCUGCUCACAGCACGCAGGGCUGUAACUCGCCAUCUCCUCGGGGGUGCGCGGAGAAGGUGACCUGCCACUCGUGUGGUGUCACUUGGAGCCGCUCCUCCAUCCAGGCUGAGUUCCAUCUCAAAAAAACAUAUAGCUAGAGGUUCUUCCCAGCUCCCAGUUAUCUUUUCUGUGAAUGAGCCUGUAAGAGCAGCAAACAAAAUAGUUGGCAUCUGUAAAGGACGCGAUUUGCAAAGGCAUGGUAAUGAUGCUUUGUGAAGAUCUGCAAAAAGUAAACAGAAAAGAAUAACUCAUAAACUGUUGCCAGUGCCUGGGCAUUGUAAAAACGGGAAGUGUGUCUCUAACCUAUAGUAGUCUGCAAUUUCGAGUAAUAGUUGCAAAACUCGGUUACCUUACUGCGAGUUACGGUGUGACCAGGGGAACUAAGACUAAGAGGUGGUUUUACACUUGAAAUCUUUGCAUUUUAAUGCACUUUAGAAAGGAGAGCUGUGUUGUCUAAUAUGCCCCAAAGCUGUGCUACUGGUUGGAAGUGGCAUACUCUGAUAUAUUUAUUUCUUAAGAGAAUCCAGUAUGUAGGUGUAGGAUACUUACACUAAGUUUGGUUUGUUUUUUUUAACUACAACUUGUUCAAAGGUAUUUUGCCAGAUUUCUGUGUGAAAGCAUCUAAUAAAAGCGAGACUGCUCGAAAGCAACUAAAUGCCUUUCUUUCCUCGUCCUCAGUUGCUCCAUUAUGGGGCUGGCUUUCAGGAUUUUGAUCUUCUCACAGCAGAAGAGGCAGAAGGCAACUGAUGGAGUUAUUUCUGCAAGGGUCACAGGAAGAGGAACUUCUGGAUUAGAUGUUUCAGUGUGAUAUUUCUGAAUUUUUAACAUUUAUUAAAGAUAGAAUGUAUCGGGAGAAACAAACACUUGCAGUACUGCCUGAAACUGUGGUUUUUGAGACAUCAUGUUUCUUAAGUUUCCUUCCCUCUUAUUUUCAGAUCAAAAAUGUUCAAAACAGGAAGUUUGACUUGUACCUUUUAUUUUGUAAGACUUUUCCUUACUUAGUUGAGACAACUGGGCUGUUAGCAUUUGUUGCUAAAAUCUUAACUCUGUGAUUCAGCAUCGCUGAAUUGCUUGCAGCUCUUGUUUGAAGGUUAUUUGUCAUUUAUAAUGUUAAAUGUUUCCUCCCUUUUUCUUUCCUAAUAGCCAUGGCAAUGACAGGCCCAACACCAUGCUCAUCCAUGAGUAAUCACACCAAGGAGCGAGUUACAAUGACAAAGGUGACAUUAGAAAACUUCUACAGCAAUCUCAUCGCACAGCAUGAAGAACGAGAGAUGAGACAAAAGAAGCUAGAACAAAUGAUGGAAGAAGAAGGCUUGAAAGAUGAAGAGAAAAGAAUCAGGAGGUCAGCACAUGCGCAAAAGGAAACAGAGUUUCUUCGCCUAAAGAGAACAAGGCUUGGUUUGGAAGACUUUGAGUCUUUAAAAGUAAUAGGCAGAGGGGCUUUUGGAGAGGUGCGACUUGUCCAGAAGAAAGAUACGGGGCAUGUUUAUGCAAUGAAAAUACUACGUAAAGCUGAUAUGCUUGAAAAAGAGCAGGUUGGCCAUAUUCGUGCGGAGCGGGACAUUCUAGUGGAGGCAGACAGUUUGUGGGUUGUGAAAAUGUUCUAUAGUUUUCAGGACAAGCUAAACCUCUACCUUAUCAUGGAGUUCCUGCCUGGAGGUGAUAUGAUGACACUGUUGAUGAAAAAAGACACUCUAACAGAAGAGGAGACACAGUUCUACAUAGCUGAGACUGUGCUAGCCAUUGAUUCUAUUCAUCAGCUGGGUUUUAUCCAUCGGGACAUAAAACCAGACAACCUUCUUCUGGACAGCAAGGGCCACGUGAAACUCUCAGAUUUUGGUCUGUGUACUGGACUAAAGAAAGCCCACAGAACAGAAUUUUACAGAAACUUGAACCAUAGUCUUCCUAGUGACUUCACUUUCCAGAACAUGAAUUCCAAAAGGAAAGCAGAGACUUGGAAGAGAAAUAGACGGCAGUUGGCUUUUUCUACAGUGGGUACUCCGGAUUACAUUGCCCCUGAAGUUUUCAUGCAGACCGGAUACAACAAGCUUUGUGACUGGUGGUCACUUGGGGUCAUCAUGUACGAGAUGUUGAUCGGUUAUCCACCAUUCUGUUCUGAGACUCCUCAGGAAACAUAUAAGAAAGUAAUGAAUUGGAAAGAGACUCUGACAUUUCCUCCAGAAGUCCCAAUAUCUGAUAAAGCAAAGGAUCUUAUUUUAAGAUUUUGCUGUGAAUGGGAGCACAGAAUUGGUGCAUCUGGUGUGGAGGAAAUAAAGAGUAACCCAUUCUUUGAAGGGGUUGAUUGGGAGCAUAUCAGAGAGAGACCUGCUGCAAUUUCAAUAGAAAUUAAAAGCAUUGAUGAUACCUCAAACUUUGAUGAAUUUCCAGAAUCUGAUAUCCUUAAACCAACAGUGGCAACAAGCAACCAUCCAGAGACUGACUACAAGAACAAAGACUGGGUUUUUAUCAAUUACACCUACAAGCGUUUUGAAGGUCUGACAGCCCGAGGAGCAAUACCAUCCUAUAUGAAAGCAGGAAAGUAAUAAAUCUUUACCUGGGACAACUUCUGAGCCGUGGAAUUCUGUUCCUGUACUUUGGGCUUAUACCCAUAAAAGAACUUUUUCUUUUUUUUUAAAGAAAACUUGAGGGCUAUCAACUCUUGGAGAAGACUUCAGGACCCUGAUUUGUUACACACCCUGUUUGUUACUAUGGAUUUUUUCUUUCUGCGCCAUUGAAAA